GCGUAGUACAGAUUCUUUGUGCCAUUCUUCGCAUACCAAGUAGACGCUUGGUCUUGUGGCUACAGGAGUUCAAGCCGUCCAAAAUCCAAUCAGCCUUGUUUGCUGUAGCUGAAAACUUUCACCUGUAAUUAUAAUUGAACCAGAAUUUGCCUCUGUGACUGUAGGAAAACACCUCCCCUGGUUUUCUAGCCUUAUCAAGUACGUAGAGUUCCGUUACCAGCCGCCACGAUUUCCUCUCACUGGAAUCCAGCCCCGCCCCUUUCGGGCCCAAACUCAGCACCAUCUAGCGAUGGCACUGCAGCGCCCCCACCUCCUGAUCUUCACGGAUCGGACGACAGCAACAGCAGAGACAGUUCAACAAUGGGAAAGGGGGAAAUAGGUGCUAAUGACACCGAAGGUGUAUGGAGUGCCGAUAUAGAACAGAGCUUUCAAGAAGCAUUAGCGAUUUAUCCGCCUUGUGGACGGAGAAAAAUCAUACUUUCCGACGAAGGAAAAAUGUAUGGAAGAAAUGAACUUAUUGCUAGGUAUAUUAAACUCCGAACUGGAAAAACGAGAACUCGAAAACAAGUGUCUAGUCACAUGCAGGUGUUGGCACGGCGCAAGUCACGAGAGAUACAGUCCAAACUAAAGGAACAUACUACAAAAGAAGCAGCGCUUCAGUCGAUGUCCUCGAUGUCUUCUGCUCAGAUCGUUUCUUUAUUCUACAACCAAGAUCAUGCUGUCAAAGAGAAAGCUUUACAGUCACUCAGUUCCCUGUCCUCAGCCCAGAUAGUGUCUUCUUCUGCCAUACCAAAUAAAGCCCUCUCAUUGGUCACAACUCCCAUCAACUACACAGGCACACCUUUUUGGCAGACGAGUAUCGGGCAGCCUGUUUCCUCCGAAGAUAUUAAACCCUUCGCCAGUCAACCUUACGGGAUGACGCUGAAGCCCCCGAGUUCCGCUACAAUUGGUAGUGUUGAUCUUUUGCCCCCGACUACAGCGCCCUCUUGGGAGGGUCGGGCAAUUGCCACACAUAAACUUCGUCUGGUGGAAUUUUCAGCGUUUAUGGAACAGCAGCAAGACAAUGACGCAUACCACAGGCAUCUUUUCGUUCACAUCAGAGGUCUACCAAGCUAUUCGGACCCUGUGUUGGAGGCAGUGGAUAUUAGACAGAUUUACGAUAAAUUUCCAGAAAAGAAAGGAGGAUUAAAAGAGUUAUAUGACAAGGGGCCACAAAACGCAUUUUUUCUGGUGAAAUUCUGGGCGGAUUUAAACACGAAUAUUCAAGACGAAGCUGGUGCUUUUUAUGGAGUCACGAGCCAAUACGAAAGCACUGAAAACAUGACUAUUACCUGUUCUACAAAAGUUUGCUCGUUUGGUAAACAAGUGGUAGAAAAAGUGGAGACAGAAUAUGCCCGGUUUGAGAAUGGUCGGUUUGUGUUCAGGAUCCAUCGCUCACCCAUGUGUGAAUAUAUGAUCAACUUUAUACAUAAGCUAAAAAAUCUUCCAGAAAAGUACAUGAUGAACAGUGUCCUAGAGAACUUUACCAUCCUACAGGUUGUAACGAACAGAGAAACCCAAGAGACGUUGUUGUGUACUGCUUACGUUUUUGAAGUGUCUACUAGUGAACACGGAGCUCAACACCACAUCUACAGAUUGGUGAAAGACUAAAAUAUCGACACCAGUUUCUCAUUUUGUCAUAUCAGCUCAUCUGACAUCUUUCUUCAGUGCCUAGAAUCCAAUUUCUCUGUGGCCUAAGCCUGUACAUAAGUUGUGAUGUAGUGGACGAGCGUCACCCACCUUGUGGGAGCGAGCUAGAGAUGAUUUUUCACAUAUUACAUGUUUAUUUUUUACCCGCAACGAGUGGAUUUUAGCACCGUUUGUGUUGUAUUGCUACAUGUUAGGAUUUUUGUUUUGGCCAUGACAUCUUGUAACUUGACAAAAAUAGUGGAAAGUUCAUUUGUUUACAUCGUUCUUCAAACGUGACGACAGAUGUCAGCAGAAAUUCUGUUGACCAUAACCCCCCUAACAAAGACAGUUGUCAGUAGAAAUUAUGUUGAUCUGAACCUCCUAACAACGACAGUUUUAAUGGAAAUCCUGAUGACCUGAACCUCCUAACAACGACAGUUUUCAAUAGAAACCCUGAUGACCUGAACCUCCUAACAACGACAGUUUUCAAUAGGAAUCCUGAUGACCUGAACUUCCUAACAACGACAGCUUUUAAUAAAAAUCCUGAUGACCUGAACCUCCUAACAACGACAGUUUUAAUGGAAAUCCUGAUGACCUGAACCUCCUAACAACGACAAUUUUCAAUAGAAACCCUGAUGACCUGAACCUCCUAACAACGACAGUUUUCAAUAGAAAUCCUGAUGACCAGAACCUUUUAACAACGACAGUUGUAAGUAGGCAUAUCCACCCUUUUCCAUUUUCUUCCUGAGAGAAUUUCCACACGACUCUUCCGACGACAGUUGUCAGUAAACGUGUUUCCUUUAUCCACCCCUGUUGUCCUGACAACUGUCAAUAGAAUCAUUACUCUAUCAGAAAUUGGAUUUGAAUGAUAUUUUUUGUUUAGUUUUGUUAUAGUUUUGAUUUUAUUUUUAGUUGUGUGGUUUUUAUUUGCUCUGUGAGUUUUAUUCUUGUUUUUUUAUAAAAUAUUUUGUUGCAAAAUGCUUCUAAGUAGAAACGAAAUAAGCGACUAUAUUUUCUGCAAGUGAACAGCAACUUGUAACUUGCAUCCUUUCCCACAUGUGAAAGCUAAUAUUGCAAAUCAGGCAACUAAAACGAUCUGCUCAGAAAAGUUUGUAUCAAACUCCAUGAUCAAGAAAUAAAAUAUGCUCAUUUUUUUCGAA